AUGGACCCUGCAGGACACAUGGAGGUUGAUGUCUACCUUCAAACAUUCUGCUUGGAUGAGGCCCACCUACGCAAAGGAAACAAGAAGAGUGAAGGCUCUUUGUCUUCGGCCACCCUGUCCGUGCAUCUGCAUUGGGUGGUCUUUGGAACUGCUCAGACGUACAGCACUGAGCCCAGUAAUCUGAAUGCCCGCAAGUCCUUCUGCUACAAUGGGUUGGUUCACCGGAAGACUGUGGAAGCGGAGCCCCAGGCUGAGGGCAAAGGGGUCAUGGCGGUCAUGAGGUCAGUGAAAACCAGCCACUUCUGCACGGGCCACCCUCAGCAGCAUCAGAAAAUGAUCCGCAAGUACAAGUACUGCCCAGGUCUGCGCAUGGCAGUCAUCUGCAGGGCCAGUGCCAUCCUGCCAAGCCAGAAGCCUGUAGUGGUGAAGAGGAAAUGGACUCGCCUGACCAAGAGCUCCUGA